AUGGAUAAUACGUAUAAGGUCAACCGCUUUAACAUGCCGCUUCUACAGAUCAUUGGCACAACAGGGCUACACAAGAGCUUCAGUGUAGGCUUUGGCCUCACUGCCAAGGAAGACGAAGGCGCGUUCCAAUGGAUCCUCUCACAGUUGCGUGAGGCUGGUCGGCAGGCUGAUAUUCCGGACCCGGGCGUUGUGAUUACCGACUUUGAUACCGCCCUGAAGAACGCCCUUGACUCUAUCUUCCCAUCAACGCAACAACAAGUGUGCGUUUGGCAUAUGAUGAAGAACGUGAUCCUUCACAUCAAGAAGAAGUGGGAAGGAUCCCUCGAUGGCACCGAGAUUGGCGGAGAUAGGCCAGAACAGGAGACUCGCCUCGCUGCAGCAGCCGCUCUCGACGACCCUAUACAGGCAGAUAAUGCCAUUGACGAGGACCGACCUAUCGACCGUGCCACUGAUUACCAGAUUCAACAUGCCUCACAACUGGCAGAUCAGCGGACUUUUGAGCACACAGCUGACGGUAUCCGUGAUGCCUGGGUUUCAGUCUUUAGGGCUCGCACGGCUGAGGAGUGCAGAGAUCAGUGGGAUCUACUCUGUAUAGAGUUUUCGGAUCAGCCAGCUCUCGUUAAUUACCUCCGUACAACCUACUGGCCAUGGCGUGCCCAGUUUUCCACCUACGCUAUCCAACAGUACCGAAAUUAUAACAUUACGGUAACUUCCCGUGUGGAGCACACAUCACGAGUUGAAGUCACGAUUACGCAACCGCUUCAUUGA